CAUGCUGUUUGGAAGCAGACAACAUUGUCCAGCUCGAGUCUAGCUCUUCUCGAAAAUAACGUAGAAUAUUGGCUCUUUAGUCUUUGCGGGGAGAUGCUGACAGAUCGAUCAUUGAUUGGGUUGCUCUGAGCUCUGAUCCAAGUAAUUAGUCCAAGAUGUCUUCAUCUCCACCUACAAAGAGGCAUAAAGAAACCAAAUCGGCUGUGUCAUCUCUUCAAAACAAUGCAAAGAUAAUACUGUUGGAUAUAGAAGGAACUACUACUCCUAUCACAUUUGUCGCAGAUGUUUUGUUUCCAUACAUCCGAGAGAACGUAGCAGAAUAUUUAGAUGCUCAUUGGAAAGAAGAACAAUGUCAACAAGAUAUUGAGGCACUAAGAUUACAGGCUGAAUUGGACAAAGAGGCUGAUGGAGUAGUCUCCAUCCCAGAUGCAUCUGAUAAAGAGUCUGAUGAGGAGACUAUCAAAGAGGCUGUAGUAAAGAAUGUUCUCUGGCUGAUGGAUGCUGACCGUAAGGUGACUGCUCUCAAGCAGCUACAGGGUCAUAUGUGGCAAGAUGCGUAUGGUUCCAAGAUAAAAGGAGAAUUGUAUAAAGAUGUUGUGCCGUGCAUUAAAAGAUGGAAAGAAGAAGAGAAAGAUGUUUACAUCUACUCAUCUGGCAGUGUUCAGGCACAAAAGCUUCUCUUUGGCAAUAGCGUUGAAGGAGACAUUUUACCACUUUUAUCUGGCCACUAUGACACCAAGAUCGGAGCCAAGGUUGAGAAAGAAAGUUAUACUCGGAUUGCUGAUGAUUUAAAGGUGGAACCAGGAGAGAUACUUUUUCUUACUGAUGUUACUCGAGAGGCCAGACCAGCCAAGGAGGCGGGGCUUAAAUCGGCUAUUUUAGUUCGUCCGGGAAACAAGGCUUUGACAGAUGAAGAGAAGAAGGAGUUUGAUCUACUCGAAUCAUUUAAAGAACUCUGGCCGGAUUGGGAGGACAAAGAUGAUGCUUGAUCAAUUUCCAAGAAAGUAUUUUCAAAAAUUGCUGCUGAUGUGAUACAAUUGUGGUAAUCAAAGGAAGAAAAGGGGAGACUUUAUUUUCCGAUACAUCUAUUUAUUUAGCAAACUUUUGUCGAACUACCACUUGAAUAUAAGAGACAAUAGGCUUUGAACAAAAAGGCCUGUAUUCACAAAAGGGGUUUCAACCUGUAUUUUAUUGUGUACUGUAAGCAGGGUAUUUCAUAGACAGCUGAAAGGACAAGUUUUUUCAACAUUUGGGGAUGUCGUGGGUUGUGCUGCUCUCGACUCAGGUGAGGUGAAUGGAUACCCGUCAGGAUUAAUUCCUUGAAUGCACAUGCACUGAAAGGCAGCUCAAGCUAAAGCCAGGUUAAUAAUAAUAAUAACAAUUUGCCUCAUAAUAUAUUGUUUCUAGAUAGAUGGGGCUAUACAAAUGCCUAUAAUUAUUAUCAUGAUAAAUUGAUCUGUAUAUGUGAUUAUUAAGGUGUGUGUGAUGAUCAUUUAGAUGUCGAUCAUGUGUAGCAAUUAUGCUAUCGUUAGUCUGUGUAAAAAACAGUUAUUUUGGAGUAGCAAAGAAAUAAUAAAAACAGUACUACAUUUCUUGUUUUUGCUUUCAACACUGAAAUAUAUUUGAUGUAUAAAUGUGUUUAAUACUCAUUCAUAUCCCUUUCUUAGAAUAAUAAGUCAUACUUUCCUUAUUCAGUUCAGUCAUUGUUUUUACAUGUAUACUCUUUUCAUUAAACUGUGCAUCAAGUUUGUUUUUUGUUGUUUUUUUCACUUCUAACAAAAGUAUAAAGUAUGGCGUUUCUUUGUGUAUUUUUUUAAUACUAUUUUGAGGGCAGGUAGACAUUCUUCCAUUCCAAGCUAUCUUGUUGUGGUUUUUAAUCAAUAAUUGAUGUAGUUGUUUGUUAUCUUUCAUGGUUCCACAAA